AUGGCUAUGGCUAGCGAAACGACUUUAAACGAGAUGCUUCUUAAUAGCAAUACCCAAUUUACAUCAAAAAUGUUUAAAGAAGUUGUAAAAGCCAAACCAGGACAAAGUGUAGUGUUAUCUGCUUUUUCGGUUCUGCCACCUCUUGCUCAGCUUGCUCUAGCAUCUGUUGGGGAAUCACACGAUGAACUUCUUAAUGUAAUUGAAAUGCCAAACGACAACGUUACAAAAGCAGUAUUUUCAAGAGCAAAACCUGUUUUGAGAUCAGUAACAGGAGUAACUCUUAAGAUGGCAAGCAAAGUCUACGUGGCUGAGUAUUAUGAAUUAAACAGUGGUUUUAUCGCUCUUAGUCAAGAUGUUUUUGGAUCUGAAGUUGCUAAUAUUGAUUUUUCUGAAAAUGAAAAUGCCGCUAACAAAAUUAAUCAAUGGGUUGAAAAUCAAACAAAUAAUCGAAUUAAAGACUUAGUAAGCCCCUUAUCUCUCGGUGCUGACACUAAAGCUGUAUUAGUUAACGCAAUUUACUUUAAGGGGGCUUGGAAAAUUCCUUUUGACAAAAAAAGCACAACAGACAGAGAUUUCCAUGUGAGCAAAGAAAAUGUUGUUCAAGUACCCACUAUGUACAAUUCAGACACCUUUUAUUACAUUGAUAGCGAGGAACUAGACGCACAGGUAUUGGAACUUAAAUAUGCUGGAGAAGAUUCUGCUCUGUAUGUUAUCCUUCCACAUGAAGUAGAUGGCAUUAACAAAUUGGAAGAAAAACUCAGAGAUCCAUCAUUAUUGGACAGUGUUAUUAGUACCAUGUCUGCAUUAGAAGUUAAAGUUUAUCUUCCUAAAUUUAAAAUUGAAACAACAAUAGAUCUCAAAGAAGUUCUGGAAAAUAUGAAUGUAAGGCGACUAUUUAAUUCUGACGAAGCUAGACUCGAAAAUCUCUUAAAGACCGUUAGUGAUUUGUACAUUAAUGAUGCUAAACAAAAGGCAUUUAUUGAAGUUAACGAAGAAGGUGUCGAGGCCGCAGCAGGUAAUGUGUUUUCCCUGAUCUUUGUAUCAAAGGCCGAUGAGAGGAGUGUAGAGGAUAUUCUACACGAUGGCAACAAUGAAUUCACAGCCAAAAUGUUUACGGAGGUUGUCAAAUCUAAUCCGGGUAAGAGUGUAGUACUAUCUGCAUUCUCUGUUUUGCCCCCACUCGCACAACUUGCUUUAGCAUCUGUCGGCGAAUCACACGAUGAACUUCUAACAGCAAUCGGAAUGCCAAAUGAUAAUGUCACCAAAGCAGCUUUCUCACAAUCAAAUGAGAGAUUGAAAUCCGUUAAAGGAGUUACGCUUAAGACAGCCAGCAAAAUUUACGUCGCUAAAAACUAUGAACUAAAUAGUGAUUUUGCUGAUCUCACUCGUAAUGUUUUUGGAUCUGAAGUGGCAAAUGUUGACUUUAACGAAAAUGUUCAAGUGGCCAAUGAAGUUAACCAAUGUGUUGAAGAUCAAACCAAUCACCGCAUUAAAGACCUCGUAGAUUCCUCGUCUCUCGAUGGAAGUACAAGAGCUCUCUUGGUUAAUGCUAUUUACUUUAAGGGACUAUGGGAGAAUCCUUUCACCAAAGAACUAACCCGUGAAAAGGAUUUCCACGUUACCAAGGACAAGGUUGUCAAAGUUCCCACCAUGUACAAUAAGGCUACGUAUAAAUAUAUUGACAGCAAGGAACUUGAUGCACAGGUAUUGGAACUGAAAUAUGAAGGAGGAGAUUCAGCCCUAUACGUCGUUCUUCCACAUGAAGUUGAUGGCAUCACGAAAUUGGAGGAAAAACUUAAAGAUCCAAAACUUUUGGAUAAUGUUAUUGCUGAUAUGUACGAAACAGAAGUUGAGGUUUAUCUUCCCAAAUUUAAAAUUGAAACUACAACGGACCUUAAGGAUGUUCUUGAAAAGAUGAAUGUUAAGAGAUUGUUUAGUCCCCAAGAGGCUAGACUCGACAAUCUGUUAAAAUCCGUUGGUGAUUUGUAUAUUAGUGACGCUAGACAAAAAGCAUUUAUUGAAGUCAACGAAGAAGGUGCUGAGGCAGCAGCAGCUAAUGUUUUCGGUGUUGUGGCCACCAGUCUCGUGAUCAACGAACCCCCGACUCCUCGUUUUGUUGCCGAUAGGCCGUUUACUUUUGUUAUUAGAGAUAAAUCUCUCUCACUAUUUAAUGGUGUCUAUGGUGGAAAUUAA